AGGAACACUUGAUUUACCUACUACUAGAUAUUCACAACGUCAAUCAACAUUUUCGUACAAAAAUGUGAUGUAAUGUUUUUCGUGUAGCAAGCUGUAGCUGCAACCAACUUUUAAGUUAUCUUUUUCCUAGAGGAAUAUCAUAAGUUUGUCAUAUCUAUGUAUGAUUAGCGUGGUAAACUCAUAUCCAGGUGCUAAUCAUGUUUUUAAGAGACCUCUAGUUUCUGUUUGUAUUUGAUGCCGAUUCUCAGCCCCGACGCGUAUGAGCGUGCACACGAGUGGGGCAAUCCUGAUGCUGCCAAUUAUAGAAGUGCCGGCUACAGACACAGAGGAAGUUCCUCGUGUUGUUCUUGCCGACGUCGGCGGAGACGGCGCACCUGGAUCGUCAACACAAAUUUCUUUCCUCCAAGCGACCACAACGCACCACCGCCGAUAUUGCAGUCGCUAGAUGGAGGUGGACGAGCGCCGUCUGUUAAUUAUAGUCCGGGACUCCUGGCUAGAAGAACAACAACCGCAAGACGAGCACCUUUGGUCACGCCCUCGACGUCUGCGCAGCAAGCCCCGGCGGUGACCAUCACCCGAGUGGGUAACGACCACGAUGGCAGCAGCAGCUCUUGCAGUUGGACAGGAGGAGCUCCUGUGGGUACAGCGGGUACAAUAACACCUCAGAAGAUACAUAACCGUACCAACGAAACUACACGGCUUGUUACGUCGGCACGACCAGCAUCUUCUUCACAGGGCACCAGGGAAGAUUACCAACAUCUUCAUGAUUCUGGGGAACAAGAAAACGGUAUUAAUAGCAGCACCAUUCGGCUUCCAGCAUCAUCACCUCUGGACGAGGGGAUCAGACAAAUCGACACCAGCACCAGAAUAAAACCAUCACCGCAGCUAAGUUCGACAUCUAGUCCCUCGAGUAGGAGUAGAGGAGCGAAAGCCAGCGAAGGACAACAUCAAAAGGAGGACAGAACAUCAUCAUUAAAGAACCGCACUCGUUUUCUGAAAGCCCUGGCGCAGACCUCGAAGACCUUCGUUUCGGUUCUUCUUAUCUGUGUGCCCUUCGUCACCGCCUAUUUGUGCGGGUGGGAAGAUGGUCUGGGCCAGUCCGGAAUCAACAUGCUGUGCUGGGCGGUGGUUGCGACGUUGUGGUGGAACGCCGGGACAACGAGCCGCUUGGAGCAGCAAAUGUCCUUUCUCGUCGUGGCGCUGCUGGCCUCCCUGGUCGUCACUUUUAUCGGGUAUUUGUACGCGUUCUUCAUUCUCGCGACCGUCCCCAACGUGGACAACUCGGACAGUUUCCGCAUCCACGUCAUCGUCUUUUUUUGCGCGUUUCCGCCCUUCUUGUGCCUCCUGGAGUUUCUGAACCAGUACUACUUCAACUACUACGGGUUCAAGUCCAUUGUCGUCAUGGCGAUGUCCACACUGAUCGGGCAGUUGGUGGCGGGGAUGAUGAACUACAAUUUAUCCGACGCGGCGAAGUACAAUGCCGCGGUGCGGCAGAACAAGAUGGUCGAGGAUAUCCUCGUGGAAUUAGGUUCGGAAACCACAGCCACGGGGAUUUUCCUCACGGAAAAGUACUCCGUCGACGAAACCGCCGUCCUUCCGGUGCACACGCAGAACAUCUACCUGCUAGUUGCCCGCCGGGCCGGCGGCAUGGCGAUCGGGGUCAUCGUUGCGGUUUUGGUGGCGUUGUUUCUGCCGCUGCUGUUUCCCACAUACCUGAAAGCGAAGCGGGCGAAGGUGGAAAUUUUCGACAACACAAGGCAGAUCGUGUUUGACAGCUUUGAGAUGCUGUUGUGCCAGUUGCGAGCCUAUGUCGAGGACCAAGAGUACAGGAGAAGAAUUGUCAUGGCCAUCGAGGGGAAAGGGGAGCGAGUUUUGAUGUCGCCGAAGGGUCGUGGAGCCGCAUACGGUCGCGCGGCGGGAUGUUCCUCGUCCGGUGGAAUUGCAACUUCCGUACAAGCUGGAGCAAUUAUACAAGGAAACAACGUAAAAAUAUUGACUGGUGGACGAACUAUGCACACUGGGCAGCGCCACCAAAGUGAAGGAACAUCAAGAGCUCUACCCUACUACGGAUAUAAUUGCGCCACAACAUCUCCCGGCACCGGCAGUGCGAGCACUUCGAACAAUUUGUUGAUGAGUCCCUCCCCUCCGCCGGGUUUGGUGUAUCAACAGGCUCUGAAUUCCAGGUUCGAGGCCGCCCGGAGCAGGGCAAGCAACGUCGACGCGGAUUAUAUUGUCCACAGAACAUCACCAGCUGCGCCGUUCGAGUUGGUGUUUUCUUCCGAAGAGGAGGCGGGUCAGAGGACUGCUCUGUUUGCGGAUCACAGCAAUCAUGGCACCAGCGGAACAUCAUCGAUUUUUGACGCCAGAACUAGUACCAGCCACAAUGCAACUGCAGCAGCUCUUCACGCGAGUGCGGGCCGCGCUGAAGAAGAUCCGAACCUCGUAUCUACUUUGAACAGUACAGGACUUCGAACGGAGGUCGCUAGAAGUACACGAAAUACUAAAACGACAUCUGCUCUGAUGAAAACAGCAGGAGUAGAUGAACAAUCUGUUCGCGGCUUCGACGACCUGGAGACUACGAGCACACAAAAAUCUGGAAAUUAUCCCGGAACAUCAAAACGUGGUGGGCUCUUUCUGUCGAACAAAAGCUCCGCUCCCCUCGCUAGUAGUACAGCUACCCUGCUAGAGGUGCCGUCAGGUGUACUACAUCAUGCCCAUCAUCAUCAUCGUUAUCAUCAUCAUCACCAACACCCUCACCAUUACCCCAGCCACCAGUUCCUGCCUCUCCAAACCUUCCGGCACACCGUGCGAAAGGUGAUUUGGUGCCGUCGCGUGUUGCUCUCCCUAAACUGGGAGUGGUCCACGGUGAAGCGGUAUGCAUUGCAAAACCAAAAGUAUCGUACUAGUAUGAAUUGCAAUACAAAGUUCCUCAGCAUGAGAAAUAAAAUUUGUAAUGCGGAUUCAACUUGAGAAAGAAACUUGUAAUGCAUGUAUGGGAUUACUACGAGUGCGAUACUUUUGCACAGGAUAAGCGGAAGUGCAAGGACCUGCACGCGACAUCCAUGGAGCGAAUCUUCGACACGCGCUCGGCCUGGAAGGACUGCGUCCAGCUGCGCCAGCUGCUCAGCGGCGUCCUGCAGUACCUGUUUCCGAUGAUCCGCCCCGUGGCGGAGACCAAAUUGGUGUUUUCCACGCUCGACCAGUGGGCGGAACUGGUGACGGGGAGAGCGCGCGAGUUGUACGGGCGAACCGCGCGGGCCUCGGACUUGAAAGAAGCGUUACCGGUGCCCAUGCGCGACAUGGUGGUGGUGAUCGACAAGAUUCAGAAGUCCCUGGCCGCGUUGAUGGUGUUCGACAUGCAGGUAUGCAAUGUAAAUUUCCCGUACAUGUACAAAAUGCAUGACAAAUUUCGCUAACUUGCAGUGUCUAACUUGUCAUGCUAGACUAGGACGGAAGGCAAGUUUUGUCAUGCAGAGAUGAUGAUGCAGAGACUGCAUUUGUACGUGUACGGGAAAUUUACUGUGGAUAGCAGGAAAUGCUGUUGAAAGGGGGUGGCUGGCCGAUCAAGGAGAUAGACAGUAGUUGUUCGAGUCGUGGUGCAACAGCCCUGGGGGUGGCACAGAAAAAUAUUGAGGCACAGACUGGCACCAGAUGCAAUCUCCCCUACAAGAACUCUGUGGACCAACACGAGGACCCCGGCGCAGGACCAAAUCCACCUCUUACGCAGGUUGACGCUGAAGCAAAGCAAGAAAGGGAACCGCUUUUAUUCGUGCACGAGAAUACGAACAGAAGUUCAACUUCUAGAGGUCGUCGUGUGACUGUUGACGACGGCCGCGCGCGAGGGGUUCGAAGCCGGGUGGUGGAGCGGAGAAUCUUGGAUGCGCUGAAUGCACCAUACGACAAAUUUUUCACGGGACCAUACGACAAAUUCAGCGGCUCGGUCUUGGAACAACAACAUUUACAGUAUCAAGGUGAGGACCAAACAAGCGGGGAAGAAGUGAUCGACGAGACUGUUCUUGCGUAUUUUUUCGUGGUGUGGCACAACCUGGAUGUGGUUUGCGAAGCCUUGGCCGAAUUGUCGCAACUUUUGGCGGACUGGCGCGAGAACUACCUCCCCCUCGUCAUCGCGCGGGACGAGCAGAGGCAGAAUCUAAGGAAUGCAGGAAAUAUUGUGGGCUUUUCUGCGAGUUUAUUGUUGGAAGAAGCUGCUGCUGGUGCGUCGACCACGAGAACGACAUCGGCUUCGAGUGUCGCUGCAGCGCUUGAUGGGAAGAACAAAAGGACUCUAUCCGACGACCGGGCUUCGACAGUUUCUGACGACUAUGACUCUUGUGCCUGCCCGUUCGCAGCUAGUGAAUUAAAUGCUGGCGGUGGUCAGCAGGAGGAGAAAAAACAAGUGCAAGAAGGUGUUGCACUGCAAGCAAAUAAUCUUGAAGAAGAUAAGCUCGCCGGGGGCUCCACCGCGACGAAAGGCCGGCUCUUAACGGGCAGUGAUUUCUACUGGGCGAAAAACAGCGACAGUGUGCACAGCACGACCACAGGAAGAAGUACAUCCGCAACCGUCAAGAUGCUGCACGACGAGCAGCAGGAUGAGUAUAAUGCCGCUUUGUCGACGAAAACGCUGCUGAGGAAUUUGAAGGCGAAAUCGACCAUGCGGGGGCUGGGAAAAUUACUCGCUCAGAGGGAUCAUGACUUCCACGCGCAAGUCCGAAAAUCGUUCAGGGAAAGGCAGACCACCACUAAGGACGCGCAUCUGUGGCACGGAGGAGCCUCCAGAUCAAGCGGGAGGGGCCUUGAGGACAGCGACAGUGGACAACUCCAGACGAGCCACACUUUCGGUGGGCUCACGAGUUGGGAAGCGGCGAGACACUUUGACAUGCCGGAGGACGACAGUGGGCCGCCACGUGCUGAAGAAUAUGGGACCAGUGCUAUUCUACUUGACCAGCACAAGGAGAAGUCGGACACCACCACUAUGAAUCGCCUGCAGCGCCGGCUAGCGGAACUAAAAGCUACGCCUUCAAGAACGGUUGGAGGAGCUGGAAUGUUGAGUGCAGCCUCGGCGUCAAGUAGGAAAGGUUUGUCGGAGGACCUUUUUGGAAGUACUUCUAGUGAGGUUGUUCUUGUUGACCCCGAGGACCAUGGAGGUCCGGCUAGCAGGGACAAUAAUAAAGAAGUCGGAGCGGCGGCACAAGAGCAAUUUUUAUCUUCUGGUACAACGACGCUACGACGGAAAGAGCCGCUUUCUGCAUCCUCACCGAGUUUCUUCGAGAAAACCGCGGAGAGGACGACCACGGCAAGUCCCUUAAGUCAACACGGCGCCAGCUCUUCCCCGCAUGUGACCUUCAGCAUCCCCUCCCCGUUGCUCCUGCACAAAACAGAAAAUCAUGGAAAGGCGGCACAAAGCGACCCACGACCACCUGCAAAAAUUGUUCCGACUAGUAGCGAGGAGUUCUACACAGCAAAUCAUGAAGACACCCAGCACGAGUUCUUGGACCCCGCGGCAUCGUCGCCCGACCCACAUCACGGUCAACAACAAUAUCGUCCAGGAAGGUCUAUGCCAAACAAGGUCGAAUACAGUUGGGAAUUUACGCACUUCCUCGGCUCCAUGUCCUAUCUGCAUGAGGAGUGGACGCUGUUCACCUUACAUUUGACGCAGUUGUUGCUGCCGCGAGACUGGGAAACCGUUCGGGAUGUGAAGCUGCGACUCGAGAAGUGCCGGGUCAUAACGUCUUCUUCCGCGUGAUUCGAAGGCGUGUGGGCAUGUUCAUUGGCGGUUUCUCUUCCCUGAUCACACAGGAACGCCUAGCUUCCACUUGGUACUAGAAAACAAGGCGAACCACUAGUAAGUACAACGACUGACUACGACCCUGUUGCGGGCCUCAAAGAAAUUGUUCCAAAAACCAGCCGUAAGUACCUCAACAUCAAUCCAAUGCGACAAUUGAUUCAUCAAGCACGAAAACUCAUCGACAAAU